AUGGCCUGCACGGGCGCCAAGCCCCGUGCGUGUCGCGUGCCGGAGGAGCUCCCCGACUCCCGGGCCAGCGCCAAGAUGUUGCGGUCGCUGGCCCCAGAGGAGUGUAUUGCCACGCUGCACGCGCUGCGCGCGCAGCGCCUGGAGCUGAACGCCUUCCACGCGGCCGCGGCGGUGGGCGCCUGCCGCCGCAGCUGGCCCACGGCGCUGCAAGUGCUCGGCGAGCUGCCCGGCCUGCGGCUUGCGGUGGACGAGGCUACCUGCUGCUCCGCCAUCUCCAGCUGUCGCCAGGAGUGGCAGAUGGCGCUGGCGCUGCUCGCCUCCGGCGGCCACGGCGCCUCGCCGCGAGCCUCCGGGGCGGCGCUCAGCGCCUGCGCCGCAGCGAGGCGCUGGGAGGUGGCGCUCGGCCUGCUUGAUUGGCUUUCCGCAGAACACAGCCAGCCCGACGUCAUCAGCUACAGUUCCGCCAUCACCGCUUGCGAGGGCCAGUGGGAGCAGGCCUUGGGCCUCCUGCGCGCCAUGGCAGCCGCCGCCUGCGAGCCCAACGAGGUCAGCUACACGGCGGCCAUGGCGGGUUUGGCAGAGGGGCAGCAGUGGGAGCAGGCCAUGCAGCUGUUGCGCUGCCUGCCGCAGCCAGAUAGGCGCGCCUGGAACGCGGCCCUCACGGCCCUGGCGCGGGGCCGCCAGCGCAGCGCCUGCUUGGCGCUGCUGCGGCGCUCCAACGCGCGGCCAGGAAGCCACGUGGUCAGCUAUAACAUCGCCAUGGGUGCCUGCGCGGGUGAAGACGGCUGGGUGCUGGCUCUGUCGCUGCUGGCUGAGCUGGGCGAUGAUGCGGACCAGCUCAGCGUGGCCGCGGCCCUCGGCGCCUGUGAGGCGGCGGGCCGCUGGCGCCAGGCGCUGGCGCUGGCGCUGGGCGGGGGGACCGGCGGCCUGCGGAGCGCCAUUGGCGCCUGCGCCCGCGCGGCCCAGUGGCAGCGGGCGCUGCUGCUGGCGCAGGGGGCUGACGCCUCCUGCGGUGCCGCGGCAAUCGGCGCCUGUGGCAACACCGGGCACUGGGAGCAAGCGCUGUUGGUGGCCGAGAGUUAUGGGCCCAGCCCGGUGCUGCUGAGCGCGCUGCUUGGUGCCUGCGGCGCUGCGCGGCGGUGGCAGCGAGCCCUGCAGCUCUUUUGGGCAGAGGAGCUGCCGAACAGCUUCUGCUUCUCCGCAGCCAUUGCCGCCUGUGCCAAAGCCAGCGAGUGGCAAGCUGCAGUGGAGCUGCUGCAAAGGAUGCCAGAAUGCUCGGUGGAGUCCAACAACAUCUGCCUCAAUGCCGCCCUCAGCGCCUGCCAGCGCGCGGGGCUGUGGCAGCGGGCGCUCUCUUUACUGCGGGGCCCUCCGGACAGCGCCGGGCUCCAUGUGCUGCUCUGCUGUGCCGAGGGCAGCGGCUGGCCGUUGGCGCUGGCUCUGCUGGCUGCGUACCCCACCGAGUCUCCAGCCGCAUUGGAUGCUGCCUGUAUGGCUUGCUGCAGGGCGUUGCGAUGGCGGGAGGCCGUUUGGCUGGCUCGGGCGCUGCUGCAGUCGCCGUCCCCGGGCCGGGUGGAGGCCCUGGCUGCGCUGGCGGCGCUCUUCGAGGAAGAAGGCCUCGAGCAGCCGCGCAGGCGGCUGCUGCAGCGCCUGGGGCGCCUGCAGGGCCCGGAAGGCUUGCAAGAGGUGCUCAUGACAGCCGCAGACCUGGACCCCCAGGCCCCGCCGCUUCCAUCCAGCGUCGUGGGGCUGCAGGGAAGCCUGGCCAGGCUGCCAGCCGGGCCAGCGACGGGCAGGUUGCCAUACCAGAAGGAGGUGGCGCUGCUAAGGCACGUGCUGCGCAGCUGCAGCGCCGGGGACGGCGCCGCGGUGGAGGAGGCCAUGGAUAGCUUCGCUGGGCGACUGGGCGCCGCAGGCGGAUGGGCGAAAUUUGCCGGGGGUACCAAGGCGGAGGUCUUGCUGCGCGCCGCCGCGGGCGCCCAAGGCGGCGCGGUGCUGGACGUGGGCGCCUACUGCGGGGGCUCCGCCCUGCGCCUGGCGCGGCGGGCCGCAGGCGAAGUCGUGGCCCUGGAGCUGGACGUGGUGCUCUCCGCCAUCGCCCGGGUGCUGCUGACCUUCGCAGGCGUCCGAGUGCGGCUCCUCACGGGCCACACGCGCCAGCUGCUGCCCCGCCUGCGGCAGCCGGGCGGCUUUGCCGCGGUGUUCCUCGACGUUUGGGGCUCGCAAUACGCGGAGGUCCUGGCCUCGCUGCGGCCCUGCCUGGCGCCGGGGGCGCUGCUCUGCGCGGACAACGUGCUGCGCACAGCCGCCGCAGAGUUCCUGUGGCGCGUGGCCGGCGCCGGGGCGGCGCCAGGCUUUCGGACACUUCUGCUACCGGUGACGGAGGUGGUGAAGCAAAGCGAGGAGGACUGGAUGUCUGUGACUGUGGUGGCCGGGGGUGACCUCAACGUUUUUGAGGUCCCAGCUCCACUGCUGCAGCUGCAGGCGGCCUCCGAGUUCCUCCGGGCCCGCGCCACCAACGUGGGCGCGGAGCCCGAGGAGUUUGAUGACCUGGCGCAGCAUGCAAAGCACGUGCUGCGCAGCGUGGGCAUUGUGCCCGUGGACGGCGUGUCGUGGGGAAAACGUGUUGCAGCGGAUGUAGAAGGGCACUCGGCGCACGACACCGAGGUGAGGCUUGGUGGGGCCUUCCACGUGGGUGUGGAGGUGGGCGGAAUGGAGUGGUCCUAUGGACGCACCUUCCGCGACUCGCGGCCGGGCGUGGUGGGCCUACCACCCCGCAAGGACCCGAACCACAGCUACCGCGAGACCCUGCAGCUGGGUGUCACCGACAUGUCGCUGGAGGACGUGAACGAAGUCAUUAGCAACAUGAUCGAGGCCGGACUGGGGGAACCCCCGUGA